AUGUCAAAAUUGACGAAAUUUUUCGUUGGGAAUCUGCCGUGGACAGUUAGCAGCCGAGAACUCCGUAAAUACUUCGCAUCAUUCGGCCACGUUGCUACAGCAGACGUAUUGUUCGACCACUCUACUGGUUUGUCAAAGGGCUACGGAUUCGUUCAGUUUUCUACAACAGGUGGAUACGAAAGUGUUUUAAACAAUGACAAACAUGAAUUAGACGGGCAAACAUUGAUUCUUAAAACAGCUGAUUUUCAAUAA